AUGCAAUCUUGGACCACCGAAGGCGAGGACGAAGACGAAGAAGAUACAUGUAUAAGUUUUUGUGACCAAUAUUCAACUUGUGUUUUGGCUCAUUUCGACCGUCCAACUUCAACUUGUAAUACUUGCCUAGCACCAGUAAUCGCUCAGAAAUUGGACAAUUCGCAAUCGAAAAAAAUCGCUCUCAAAAUUGACUCAGUCCAAUCUUGCGCAGAAAAUCCGUAUCGAAAUUAUUCGAUCACACUAUCAAAUAAAAAUUAUGGCAUAAUUUAUGAUGAUAAAGCUGGGAUUUGGAAUAUUACAGAAAAAGAAUGUGUUACUAUGGAAUGUGUAGCAAAUAAGUUAAAAAGGUACAUUUCAACAAUAUUUUGCGAAUAAUUUCGAAUUUUUCAGCAAUGGUUAUAAAUGAUUUUGCCACGUCAUAAGUAUUUUGCUCUCAAAUAAAACGAUACUUGAAUGUGACUUUAAUUUUCUUUGAAUAUAUUUGAUCUUGGUUUUCAAAAAUAGCAAAAAAUGUAUAAUUUUCAUCUUAGUUUACACAGUACCCCAAUUCCAAACAUUUUCCAGCCAAAUUUUCAGAUUUUUUGAUUUCUUCGAAAAUUGUUCGCACCAAGUUAUAACACCCGAUCCCUGUAUAAUCAAACCAGCAAAUCUAAAAAAAAAUUUAAAAUUUUUUUAAAAAUUUAAAAUUUUUUUAAAAAUUUUUUACCUCAUCUUUUCCAGUGCCAUAAACAAGGUCGGUAAAAUUAGUGAUAUCAUUUUGCUCCACAAAAUUUGCACAUUUUUCACAGCUAUAAAAAUAUUGCGCGCUUGCGAGCGACAUCAAGAAAAUCUGCAAUUUCAGCAUGAUUUUUUUUAUGUUGAAGAAAAAUUUGGCCAAAUUUUUAUAGGAGACUGGAAUUUAUGAGGUGGGAAAAGGGCUUUGGGAAAGUCCGAUUUUUUGACUGUUUCAAAAAAAGUUUAAGUUGUGAAAAUGAAGUUGGAUUCUUGAGAACUGCAAAAAGUACUGUACCUCCCAAAUGUACAUAAGUGGAAGAAACGAAUGCAUUUGUUUAAUCUACAGUACUCUUUGCAGUUUGGGAAGAACAUUUUUUCAAAUUAAAAAAAAUCAAAAAUCAAAUUUUCUAGGUGAAUUUCAGCGGACAUUUCAUUUUUUCAGAUUUGAUUAUGGUGCAUGGAUGGUUUUGUGUGGAAAACCGGCGAUUUUGAGAUAA